AUGGUUUCAUUUUCUGAUCAUGAGUUGGUUUUGAUCUUUGGUCUCCUAGGUAACAUUGUGUCAUUCUUGGUGUUCUUAGCACCCUUGCCAACCUUCUAUACAAUUUUGAAGAACAAAACAUCUGAUGGGUUUCAAUCAAUUCCAUACGUUGUUGCACUUCUUAGUGCACUGUUGCUUCUGUAUUAUGGCUUCAUAAAGAGCAAUGCUAUUUUGAUUGUCACCAUCAACUGUAUUGGAUGUGCUAUAGAAGUUUCAUACCUAGCAAUAUACGUUAUAUAUGCUUCCAAGAAGCAGAAGAUUUCCACUUUGGUAUUGAUACUCAUUGCUGACGUUGGAGGUUUUGGCUUAACCAUGUUAAUCACCACCUUUGCUGUGAAGGGGAUUAACCGUGUUCAUGCUGUGGGAUGGAUUUGUGCCAUUUUUAACAUUGCAGUGUUCGCUGCUCCCUUAAGCAUAAUGAGGAAGGUCAUAAAAACCAGAAGUGUAGAGUACAUGCCAUUUUCGUUGUCCUUGUUUCUUACCCUCUGCGCCACCAUGUGGUUUUUCUAUGGGCUAUUUGACAAGGAUGACUUCAUUAUGCUGCCAAAUGUGCUAGGAUUUCUCUUUGGCAUCUCUCAGAUGAUCUUAUACAUGAUAUACAAGAAUUCUGGGAAGAAUAAGAAAACCAAUUGUACAGAGAAGCAAGAAAGUGAGGGCACAGUGAACACAAAACAGCACAGCUGCGAUGACCAUAAACUUGAUUUCCCUUCAAUGGUUGAAAUGAAAGAGAAUCAACUCAAUCAAGUUUGA